UCCGAGCCUCGGGAAAGGAAGAUCGGCCGCCUUGGGACUGCAGGGGAGGGCAGAGCCGGUGGACGCCCGGGCGUGCUGCGGGCCGCGCGGCUGCUAGGCCCGGAGGGACACGGCUUGGACACUGUCAUCCCCACGCCCGGGCGCUGAAAGCCUCCUGGCGCAGUGGGGCUGCCGCCGCCGCCGCCGCCCCUCCGGCUUCCCGGGUGUCGGAUCCCGGGUCAGCCCCGGAGGCCUCGGUUUCCUCAUUUGUUUGGGUCUUUUGUGCCGUGGCUCACACAGUUGGCUAAGCACUCCGGCCGCUGAAUCGGGCCAUUGUCUGCGCUCCCAUUGCUUUCACGCUGUAAGUCUCGGCGCCCCCACCCCGCCCGCCCCCUCCCCGCCUCCUCCUGGCCGCGGAGCCUCCAAAACGUGCCUUUCGCCUCCCCCCCAGGAAUCUGGAAGCUAUAAGCCGAGCGGAUUGCAAAUGAAGUGUAAUGCAUUGUGGGACGUGUGUAAAAUCGGAGCCUUCGCCGUGGGGGUGUGGGGGGGCGUGGGGAGGGCCGGACCCGCUGCUGGCGGUGUAGACGCCGACGACGACGAGGAGGGGCUGGGAAAAUGUGCGCAGAGUCCGCCCGGGUCGUGCCCGCCGUAGACGGAUGAAGCAGCGCGCUGCGCCCCGGCGCUGAGGCCCCACGAUCGGGGGCAGCAGGUCGCCCUCCACACCAUGAAGAAGACCCGGAGCACAACCUUGCGGCGAGCCUGGCCUAGCUCGGAUUUCUCAGACCGGGCCUCGGACCGCAUGAGGUCCCGCAGCGAGAAGGACUACCGUCUGCACAAGCGCUUCCCCGCGGCCUUCGCGCCCCAGGCUUCGCGGGGCUACAUGACAUCAGGUGAUGUAUCACCAAUCAGUAUGUCUCCCAUCAGUCAGUCUCAGUUUAUUCCACUCGGGGAAAUCCUUUGCUUGGCCAUCUCAGCAAUGAACUCAGCGAGAAAACCUGUCACCCAAGAAGCACUGAUGGAACACCUGACCACGUGUUUCCCAGGUGUACCAACCCCAAGCCAAGAAAUUCUGCGGCAUACCCUGAACACACUGGUACGGGAGAGGAAAAUCUACCCAACUCCAGAUGGUUACUUCAUUGUGACCCCACAGACCUAUUUCAUAACCCCGUCCCUCAUAAGAACUAAUAGUAAAUGGUACCAUUUGGAUGAGAGGAUACCUGACCGGUCUCAGUGUACCUCUCCACAACCUGGAACCAUAACGCCCUCUGCCUCAGGCUGUGUCAGGGAAAGGACAUUGCCCAGAAACCACUGCGACUCUUGCCACUGCUGCCGGGAAGACAUGCAUAGCAUGCACGCCUCCACUCUGCAGAGGAAAGCCACCAAGGACUGCAAAGACCCCUACUGCCCGCCUUCGCUCUGCCAGGUGCCACCCACUGAAAAAAGCAAAAGUACUGUCAAUUUUUCCUACAAGACAGAAACUCUCUCCAAACCGAAAGAUAGUGAAAAGCAGUCCAAAAAAUUCGGGCUCAAGUUAUUCCGGCUAAGUUUUAAGAAAGAUAAGACUAAACAGUUGGCCAAUUUUUCCGCCCAAUUCCCUCCUGAAGAAUGGCCCCUGCGUGAUGAAGACACGCCAACCACUAUCCCUCGGGAAGUAGAGAUGGAAAUCAUUCGGCGGAUUAACCCGGACUUGACCGUGGAAAAUGUCAUGAGACACACUGCACUAAUGAAGAAACUUGAAGAAGAAAAAGCUCACAGGAGCAAAGCGGGAUCUUCGGCCCACCACAGUGGGAGGAGUAAAAAGAGUAGGACUCACCGAAAGUCUCAUGGGAAGUCUCGGUCCCAUAGUAAGACACGGGUGUCUAAAGGAGACCCUUCGGAUGGCUCCCAUCUGGAUAUCCCUGGAGAAAGAGAGUAUGACUUUUGUGAUCCCCUAACCAGGGCCCCAAGGGAGGGCUGCUUCAUCAUCGAACACAAAGGAGACAACUUCAUUAUGCACAGCAACACAAACGUGAUCGAAUCCCACUUCCCCAUGACACCAGAAUGGGAUGUAUCUGGUGAAUUGGCCAAAAGGAGAACUGAGAUGCCUUUUCCUGAACCUUCCAGGGGAAGCUCCCACUCAAAAGUGCACCGAAGCCACAGCCAUACCCAGGACCGAAGGUCCAGGAAUGAGAGAUCCAACAAAGCCAAGGAGAGGUCCAGAUCCAUGGAUAACUCCAAAGGUCCCCUGGGUGCUUCUUCUCUCGGGACGCCUGAUGACCUGGCUGAAGGGUGUAGCCAAGAUGACCAGACCCCCAGCCAAUCCUACAUCGACGACAGUACUUUAAGGCCUACCCAGACUAUUGGUCAUCAAAGGGCUCACAUCUCAUCUACGAGCUAUAAAGAAGUGUGCAUUCCAGAAAUAGUCAGUAGCAGCAAGGAACCUUCUAGCGCAUGUAGCCUUUUGGAGCCAGGCAAACCCCCUGAGAGUUUGCCUUCCUAUGGUGAACUCAACUCUUGUCCAACAAAAACAGCUACCGACGACUAUUUCCAGUGUAACACCUCCAGUGAGACGGUGCUCACGGCACCCUCGCCUUUGGGGAAGAAUCAGGAGGACCAUGACACACUAACCUUGACAGAAGGGGUGAAAAAGCUGUCUCCAUCUGAGAGGCAAGUCCCUCACUCCUCCAGGGAGCCUCCCGGGCACAACAAGGAAGAGUCACCCAAAGGGCCCGGUGGAGGCCCUGCUGCUUCAGGUGGAGUGGCUGAAGGAAUUGCCAACGGACGCCUCAUCCAACACCACAGCGCUGAGCCCAGCAGCCUAGACAAGAGGAAAGAGAUAUUCAGCAAGGACACCCUGUUCAAACCUCUUCACAGCACCUUGUCUGUAAACAGCUAUCACAAAUCCAGUCUGUCCCUCCUCAAAUCUCACCCCAAAACACCUGCUGACACACUGCCAGGCCGAUGCGACAAACUGGACCCUUCCCUUGGGACGUCGGCAGCACAAGCCAUGCCCACUUCCCAGCGCCAGCAGGAGUCUGGAGGGAACCAGGAAGCCUCUUUUGACUAUUACAAUGUCUCCGAUGAUGACGACUCUGAGGAAGGGGCCAACAAAAACCCAGAGGAGGAGAAAAAUAGAGAUGAUGUGGGCACUAUGCAGUGGCUCCUGGAGAGAGAAAAGGAGCGAGACUUGCAGAGGAAAUUUGAGAAGAACCUUACCCUCCUCACUCCAAAAGAAACAGACAGUAGCAGCAACCAGAGAGCCACCCAUUCCGCCAGGCUUGACAGCAUGGACAGCAGCAGCAUCACUGUAGACAGUGGAUUCAACUCCCCACGUACUCGGGAGAGCCUGGCUUCCAACACAUCAAGCAUCGUUGAAAGUAACCGCCGUCAGAAUCCUGCUCUGAGCCCAGCCCAUGGUGGAGCUGGCCCAGCCUUCAACUUCCGUGCAAGUACAGAUCCCCCAACCAAUGAAGCUGAGAAAUUACAGAAACCUUCCAACUGCUUGCAAGCUUCUGUUACUAGUGUGUGAUAGUCCUUCUGCCUCAGAUCAUCUGUCUCAUUCAAUACAGCAAAGUUUACGACACUGGGGCUGAUGUUUACAUCUUUGGAAAGACAAGCAUCUCCAGUGCAGUUUGGAGGUUUACUUCAACUGUGCUGCUAAGUAGGCUAGGGCAAAAAAAAAAAUCUUUAUUUCAGAGUAUUGCUCUUUUCACAUUUAUGGCUCUGUAGCAACCGAAUAGCAGUAGGGGUGAUAUGUAUACUUUUGCUUCACUAAUUGUAGCUGAGCACACAUAGGAAAGUCUAGACACUGUAAGUGGAAUAUGCAUUUUCAAUGUCAUGCAGUUGCCAGUUUCAUUUUUAAAUGCCACAGAUACGUGUUGCUACCAGUCUGUGGUUAAAUGGGGCCACAGAACUGAUCCUUACCACUUCAAAAAAAAAAAGAAAAGCCACUACAAAAUACCAAGUUCAAGGUGUUCACCUUGAGGGAAAUUAAUGCCAAACUGACCAGAGGGACACCCCCCCCACACACACACACACCAGCCCCUUUGUGUGCGAAAUCUUCUUUAUGCACUAGUCAUUCUUCACUGUGAGUUUCAUGACACUGUUUUUACAGGCGCCCAUGGAAGUGUGUCAGAAGGGGUCAUGAUGGAAAAACUGGGAGUGUUUGGGGGAUUUUGUUUUCCAGUAUAUCAGAUGCUUGUCUUGAUUUGUAACCUUCCAUAAUCACAAACAGGAAUAUAGGCCUUUGAAUCUGUUGUGGGAAAAGGGAGAAAAUUCCCAAUUUGGCCGGGCACAGUACUAAGUGAUGGAAGAGGUACUAUUGUCUGUUAAAAGCGAUCAGUCAAAUAUUGAAAGGAAGAUCAUUUCCUCCUUGUGAUACUUAUGAUGAUCCUAUCUUACUAUAAUAGAUACAAUAAUUAGUUUGUUUAAAAGCAAAAUGUUCUUUGUGAUACAAAUGAAGAGUAUGGCCUGAGGAUGUUAUUCUUUCUAAUGGAAGGACAUAAAUCUAUUUUAUGUAGUUUUAAAUAGAAUGCCUAAAUUAGGCUGAGGGAGAUAAUUUUUAGUGGUUAUAGGAAAGAGCAAAUUUAGGGAGAGUUGAACUUAAGGCCUUUUAUUCCUGGGAAGAUAUCUAUAGAGAAAACUUUUAAAGUACUUUUUGAUUACAAAUAUACAUGUGCCCAUGAAAUAACAGAAUGUGCUCAUUCUGCUAGUGUGGUAUACCCAUGAUUUGUACUCCCCUAAAAUUUACCAGAAUAACAAGUAUGCAUUCAUGAACUAUGCCAGAGUAAUGUUUACAGAUACUUUGUAACCAAUUUCAGGAGGUGUUUAAUGUAGUCAUUAGCCCAAGUUAUUUCAGAAUGGUUUGUUCGCAUCGUGCUUUGGUUUACAAUGUCAUGUUGAAUUGGAAGAAGGCUCAGCUGCAAAGGGAUUACAAAACAAUUAAGCGUCAGUCUUACAGGAAAGAGACAUUUCAAAGUUCCCUUUUUUUUCUCUCAGAAUAAUGGAAUACAUCUGUAGGUAAUGGGAAACUAUUUGCAAAAGAGUUACUUCAAUAGCUAGUAAAUGAUCUGACACAAACUUUUAUUUAGUUUAGUGGCAUGUGCUGUUUGGAGCCAUAUGCUAUAAAUUAUAUGUAUAGAUACAUAUAUAUCUAAAACUCUAAAAUAUUUUCACCUAAAAUUUGUGAGACACUUGGGUUUCCAUAUCAGGCCUAACUACUUGCAAUCUGUUUAAGUGAGGCAGUCAUAUAUAUAUGGAUAUAUACAUAUUUAUAUUCAUAUUCUUGAAACAUGAAUACCCCCUCAUGCUUUAUCAGCUAUUUGGAUACUACAUUGGUCCAACUAGACUCCUCAAAAUUGGAAAUUUUCUUUUGUGUGAUUAUUACAUUGAAACUUAAGCACAUAUUUUUAGUAAACUGUCACAUUAUUUAAAGAUUUAAAUCAAUUGUCUUUCAUUUGCAUGCCUUAUUUCCUCCAAGGUGUGCCUCAAUUGCCCAGAAAUGAAUUGCUUAGCUCAUUGCUUAAGUAUUUGAGAAGAAAUGACUAAUAGACUACAUACUCUGUUUCCUUGGGGAGCUAUAUACCGUACAGUUGCUAAAUUUUUUUCUGUCUAAAAUUCAUUUUUUCCCAAAAAAACCUGCUCUCAAGUUCUUAUCAUACUCAGUUCAUAAAUAAUAUAACCAUUAAAACAAUGCAUCAGCCUCUGGUUGACCCUCUGAAAGUCUCCAUGGAAACAAUCAAUGCUGUAUGAGCAGGAAAGGACAUCAUUACCUUUAAGAGAAGCUUUAAAAUAUGAAUUUAUCGAUGUUUCACAAAGAAAUAGGUUUACAGAAUAUAUUAUUCAAAUGAAAUGUGUAUGCUAAUUUGCUGGUGGAAUACAUGGCUUAAAAGAAAAAAAAGCAAAACUUCUGUAGACCAGCAGCAGCCAUUAGCAUAGAAAUGAUAGGCUUUAAAGAUGCUCUACCAUGUAAACACAUGUUCCAUGUAGAAAUGCUCUCAUCUGAAUCCAAUCUGGCUUCUUCAAUGGAAGAGCUGGUGGCAGGAGGCUACUCAUUCACAGAUGUGACAUGUGGAAAGAGAUGCACAUGUACAAGAGAGUUACAGCAAGAUAGGGAGACUCAGGACCCCCAGCCGUGGGGCCAUCUCCUCGCUUUGCCAGUUGUCUUCUCCUCCAGUGGAACCCUAACUUUGUAUUACACGACUGCUUGUCUAGUUUAAGAGUUUCUCCACUGUAAGGUUUACAAAAAUGAAUCGGGUUGAAUCUCUGUGAGGCAUUCAACUUUAAAGGGUCAACACAUCUGUCAGCAUUUUGCACACUUAUGUAUUAUUAUGAUACAGCAUAUUACUUUAUGGUAAUUUUUAUUUUUACAUAUAACUACCUCCAUGAAUUUGAUGAGAUGUCAGCAGUGUGUUCAGAAGAGCAACACUUCACACUCCAACAUUCGGCCAUGGCGUUCUGUGUGUGUGUGUGUGUGUGUGUGUGUGUGUGUGUGUGUGUGUGUGUG